GGGUGUGUGUGUGUGUGUGUGUGUGUGUGUGUGCAGCCUGGCAGUAGUUGGGGAGCUGGUUUAUAUAUCGCCCAGCUAAUGAGCUCUGUAGGCAGGGAGGCACCUAAAAGAGAGAGAGGAGAGUCCCACUCACACACACCCACUCAGACACACACUCACACACACACACACACACUCAGUCAGAUACUCACACACACUCAGUCAGAUACUCACACACACUCAGUCAGACACUCACACACACUCAGUCAGACACUCACACACACCCCCUGACAGAGACAGUAGAGAGUAAAGCAGUGUGUGAGUGCAGCAGGUUUUGGGAGCAGCAGCGGCACUGUGUGGAGCGCUUAUAAAGGAGCAGAGCUUUACUAUGCUUGUUUGAAGAGCGUGUGUGUGUGUGUGUGCGUGUGUAUUUCUUCACUGAGCUCCUGCGUAAGUGAGUGUGUAACGCGUUAAAGCUGAGUGAAGCGGAGCACCAUGCAGUGCCAAGCCGAGUUCCGGCUCGCCCAACCCGCGCAGCUCAAAGCGGCCCGGCGGCGCUACAAGACCUUCAUGAUCGACGAGAUUCUGGCCAAGGAGACGUGCGAUUACUUGGAGAAGCUCUCACUCUACUCCGUGUGUCCGUCGCUGGUGGUCCGCCCCAAAGCCCUACACUCCUGUUCCGGCCCGUCAUCACUCAGCACAUACCCCUUGCUGUCUGUCAUCACCCGUCAGCCCCCAAGCGGUCUGGCACAAAUUCCCCAGCCCUCACCAUCUGGCCGGGUCGCCCACCUGCCCAUAGUGUCGCCCCAGCAUGCACUGCCAGGUGAGCCAGUGCCCAGCGAGACGCCUGUCAGUAUCAGUAGCGAAUCAGACACGGAACACAGCGUCACCCGGCUGAAGAAACCACGUCGCAGUCGUACCAUUUUCACCGAGCUGCAGCUCAUGGGUCUGGAGAAGAAGUUUCAGAAGCAGAAAUACCUCUCCACUCCUGACAGAUUGGACCUGGCUCAGUCUCUUGGUCUUUCCCAGCUCCAGGUCAAGACUUGGUACCAGAACAGACGCAUGAAAUGGAAGAAACUGGUGCUUAAAGGAGGGCACGAGGCCCCUACGAAGCCGAAAGGUCGACCCAAGAAGAACUCCAUCCCCACCACAGAGGAGAUCGAGGCAGAGGAACGACGGCUUUCCCAGCUGGCCAAGGAAGAAGAGAGGCUGAGAGAUGGAGUUCGCUCUGAGGUCCAGGAGCAAUUAAAAAAACAGGCAGAAGCGUUUCAGUCGCAUCCACAAGACCUGAGUGCAAGUGGGCAGAGUAAGAUUCUUCAUCCUGUAGAGUCCUCUGAUGAUGAACAGGUUCCCCAGUUAACACCAGAGAGCUAAAUCAGCAUCUACACUGUGCCAAAGACUGAGAGUACCAAAAGUAAUUAGUGGCUCCGCUCACCAUAUCGACAAAGACGUUAAAAGACAUUCGGUCUUGAUUAAGGAGCAGUGCUUCACGUUGCUUUACAUGCUAUUUAGGCUCCUUUUUUCAGUAUUUUAUGAUCACCUGUGUGCAGCCACUUCAGCAAAAUUCUCCUCAUGCUGGUACCCCGGUGUAUCAAACGGACAAACAGAAAGUGUUUAUGUUUGAUUUUUUAUUAGCGAUUUGCUCUCAGACAUCAUAAUGCCUGCCUACUUUAUUGCUUUAGUUGAAUUUGUGUCGUCCAUGUACAGCCGUGUCUCGUUCACUGCCAAAGAUCAUAAUCUGAAGCAUUAAAAUGCCCUCAGAGGUAAUAGUGCCAUCACAGUAGUUUUUUUUUUGCUUUUUUUUUUUUUUUUGCUUUUUUUUUUUUUUAAAUGCCGGAAAUGAAUGAACACUAAUGUACAUUUAUAAAGGUGUUUUUUGUUUUUUCACAUGGCUUUGCAAAGGGGUCCGGGUGUUAAAAGUAAACUAAUACAAAUAACAUUUACGGCUUAAUUAAUAAUUUUUUUUCUGAAAAUGAUUAUUAUUAUUUAUAUAAUAUUUUAUGAAAUAUUAAUAUUUCCAAAGCACAACUAAAAUCUGUUUUUAUAUCCAAAAAAAUGUGGAAAUUAAAAAAGAAAAUUUUUUUUUGCAUUUUCAGCAUUGAGGUACAUGAAAGGUUUCCAAGACACAUUUAAAUACUUUAUAAAAUGUUUAAAAAUAUUUUUUUCCCAUCCAUACUUUAUUUUCUUUGUUUUUCUUUCUAUUUUCUUUUCAUUUUUUCUUUAUUCUUUUUCGAUUUUCUUUGCUUCUUUGUAAAGCUAAAAUUUUGGAUUUUUGUAAACAUAAACUACAUUUGAGUAAUUGAUGUUUUGUAUUUAUUGUGUGUGUGUCGGAUUUAAGCUUCAUGUACACUGUAUAAAACCCCUGCACAGUAACGUCUUCAUCUAAAAUAUCCGGGAUGAUGUUAUGGACAGUGUAAAGUAAUGUGUUCAGGGUUUUUUUUCCUCUGUGUUAAUGUGUUUUGGAGCUGAAAUGGGCAGGCCAUUUAUGACAGCCAGGCUUUUACACCUUAAAUAAAUCCUCUUUACCUGUCAGAGACAUGGACAAAUUCAUAAAUCAUCGUGGCGGCCGGUAAAACGAGGAAACUGACAAACGUGUAUGUGUGUACAGGAGGCAGUGUGGCCUGAGGCAGACACACACACACACACACACACACACACACACACACACACACACCUCCACCCUGCUGACUGACAAUCGACUAAACUGAGACCUGUGCAGCAUGCUUCCAGCUCCUGGCUCAAUUCUGCCUUUUGUAAAAAAAAUAUAUAUAUUGUAAAGCUGUUGUAUUAUUAUUAUAAUUUUUUUUUUACAGUUUGCUUAAAAAUAUAUCUAUCACUACAACCUGGAAUAUAGAUUGACAAAAAAACCUGGAAAAAGUCGACUAGAAAUAUUUGGUAGAAGUUGGAUUUUUUCCCCUUCCCGUCUCACCCAAACUGUAAUUCCAACCCUUAGUGUGUGUGUGGUUUUUUUGGCAUAUUUAAUGACAUUUAAUAAAGAUGCUAAUCAUUUACA